AUGGCAUCUGGAUUCGGCGCGAAAGGCUCCGAAGGGAGGUGUUAUCCUCUCUGGCAAGGGUUUUCGAAGGUAUAUCGAGCUUUGAUCUUACUUUUCUCGAUGCGUGUACUCUCUCUCGUUCUCUCUCGUCCGCGCAUACGCUGCAAAAGCGAUCGAUGA